UAAUGAAAUGUCGCAAACAAGUCAGAGCACACCAUCGGAUGUGGCUGAAGGUUACCCCGUGACAAAUUUGACUUUAGUCGUCCUUUUGCUGAUACCCUGUGUGGUCAUCCUGCUGCUGCUGAACUGCCUGUUUCUGGGCUACAAGUUAUUGAACCUGUCAAAGAAGAGCAACAGACAGAAGCGAGAGGACACAGAGGAGAUGCUUCUGCAGUCCACCCUGCAGAGGGCAAGACGAGUAUCUGAGGUGGCCUUUCCUCUGCAGGACGUGAGGAGAGCCUACAUGUCUCUAUCAGAGCCCGUCCUGCCCCAUCCUGUCACCUCUUCCAGGGCUUCAUCCAGGGAGAGGGCCGGGGAGGAUCACAGGUUCCGGCUCCUGAGGCCAGAUGGUGCCACCGGCUCAGGGUCCCUGAGGGCGCCGAGCACCAUCCGGGCCGCUUCCUCUGCGGCUGGUUUCACCCCGAGAUUCGACCUGGCCUCCGGCUCACGGCCAUGCAGCAUCAGCAAAGCGGGCUGGUGUAAAAGCGCUCCAGUUCUACCGCAGUCCAGUGAUUCAGAGGCUGAAAUCAGAGUGAACCUUGUUCCACCAAACUCCCCAAUGCAGGAGACAGAAUGUGUGGGUCAUAUUCGUCGGAGCAGUACUUAUGAGAUGCUGACAGAUGUGAACCCAGGUGUUGCAGUGCAUGUAUUUGACAAAGUAGACAUGGAGUGCGAGUACACCAACCCGCCUUCAGAGGCGUCCUGCCUGAACACGUCUGCAGUGGGUCCUGGACUGGACAGCGACUUUGGUGCAAGUGCAGGUGUUUCCUUGCGGAUUCUUUCUGCAGACAGUGACGGUCUGUCCAACGGUGUUUUGGCUUCAGCUUUGGAGUGGGAUUAUUAUGACCCCUGCUAUGUCAAACAGAAUAAUGUACCCAAACAUAAACACACACACAGGCCUGCAGUGCACACCAAACAGUACUGGGUGUGA